GAUUCACUUAUUCCAAUUUUAGGUAGCAGUGAUGGUUCAGAGCUUAGUGAAGAAACUUCUUGGCCAGCAUUUGAAAGGAACAGAUUAUACCAUUCUCUUGGUCCGGUGACAAGACUAGCACGAAAUGGCUAUUGGAGCCACAUGAAGGGGAGCAGUUCUGCAGAAUCUGAAGAUUUAGCUGUUCAUUUGUAUCCAGGAGCUGUUACUAUUCAAGGGGUUCUUAGAAGAAAAACUUUGUUGAAAGAAGGGAAGAAACCAACAGUAGCUUCUUGGACCAAAUACUGGGUGGCUUUAUCUGGAACACAGCUUUUCUACUACGCUGCAAAGUCUUUGAAGGCUACAGAGAGAAAACAUUUCAAAUCUACACCAAGUAAGAGUGUGUCAGUAGUGGGUUGGAUGGUUAUGAUGGCUGAUGAUCCCGAUCAUCCGGAUCUUUUCCUGCUCACAGAUUCUGAAAAAGGGAAUUCAUACAAGUUUCAAGCUGGUAAUAGAAUGAAUGCAAUGCUGUGGUUCAAGCAUCUAAGUGCUGCCUGCCAGAGCAACAGACAACAGGUUCCUGCCAAUUUAAUGACUUUUGAGUGACCAGCUACUGCAGAAUUUGAUCCAUCCACUUUUGAAUUGCUAUUUCACGGUUUGAGAAGUCCUGCUGAAGGCAUGCCAGCUAUACUUCCGACUAGGAAGUAAACGAAAGUUCUGAAUGAAAGCACUAAAGAUUUCAGGGAAUGGAAUGUGACAUGAACUACCAUAAGGCUUGCUGCUACUCAAUAUUCUCUGAACUGACUUGUGGAAACCACUGCCUUAAAGAAUGAAAGGUUAUCCAACAUGAAACACCAAAUUUGUGUGCGUGUGUGUUUGUGUGUGUGUGUGUACGUAUACGUGUGUAAAACCUCUGACGGUGCUGUGCUUAGGUUAAGUAGGUUGUAGCUAGUUUGUGUUUGUGUUUACUUUGUUACAUUUUACUUUUAAAGCCCUGCUUUUUGCAGCUUUUCUCGUUGUAAAAAGGAGUACAUCUGAAACUUAAGGGUGUUUCAAGGGGUGUUUGUGCAAGGGCAUAGCCUGUGUUUUCUUGAAAAAAUAUGCAGCUUAUAUCUGUGUCCCUCUGUAUUAGCUCUUGUGCUCAGCUAAUUGGGGACAGGGUAUAAUUAGUUUAGCUUAGAAUGUAACAACUGUAAUAUAUGCAAAUUUAUCUUCUUUUUAUAAAGCACUGACUUUGCAGAAUUUGAUACUACAUGAGGUUUUUCCUUUCUGCAAGUGAUACAACAGCCAAUAUAUUCAUUCUUUUUUUUUGAGAGAGAGAGAAAGAUCUUGGUUGUCAGUUUCAAGGAAGCUCUGGGAAACAUCAGAAGAUCAGAACUGAGAAUUUAAUCUCAACAUAUUUUCAGACAAAACACCCUCAUUUCUUCUUUACAUAUAUUUUUUACUUACACAUUGUAUGCUUUUUCACAAGCACAUUUACCCCUGAAAAUCUUUAUUACUGCCUACUAAAUAUUGUUUUACAGAUGAAAACCUUAUAUUUUCCUUUUUGUCGAAGCACAUGAUUGGGAUUAGAGGUUUUUCUAUUUCUUUUAUGUCAGAGCUGGAAACCAUAUCUCUGAAGCAUACAUUUAUUUGUGUAUAAUUUGCAAAAAUCAGCUCUUACAUAAUCAGAAAAAUCUGCAAGUAAAAAGAUAAGCCACUGGUGGGAUUAAUUACAAGUAGGUUUAG